CGUAAGGCGCGCAGACUGUUUUUUUAAUCAUUUAACGUGAAAACGUAACAUAAACUAGCCGUGAACUGUGUUUAAAAUAACCUUUUAAUACAAAACAUAAACAUGUCGUACGCUAUGAUUCGACAUUUACGGCGAACAGCUAUAUUAUCACAACAAAUAAGGGUUGAGAGCACCAUGACCAACCUAACCCAAGAGGAUUUUGUAUUUCGACCUCCAAUGGCCCAGUGGAGUAAAAUUAUCAGAGAAGCUGAGAAAAUUGUUGGAUAUCCGACAUCCUUUAUGAACUUGAGAUGGCUAUUGAGUGAUGAAUUCGCUAAUUUAGCCAUGCACUUACGUAAAAUAGUAGGCAGCAAUCAUCCAAUCAUGAAAACAGCUAAAACUGUACUAUAUAAUGAGCAGAAUAACUUACAACCAUGGGGCCUCAUCAUACUACUACUCUCUAAAGCCAUCAGCCCCUCCACACACUCAAUACAAACCACCACACUUAUAGAACACCAACGAAUGCUAGCCGAGUUAACAGAGAUGAUUCGCACCGGCCACUACAUACACAGAGGCUUAUUAAACAUACCUGUUGAAGAGCAAGACCAAAAGAGAGAUACAUCAAUGUUUGCUAAUAAAAUUGCCAUAUUGAUUGGUGAUUACUUGCUUGUUACCGCAAAUGGUAUGCUAGCGCGCUUGAGAAACCAAGACUUGUCUUAUUUAAUAUCAACAGCAUUACGAGACAUCAGUGAGGGGGAGUUUUUUGGGCCGAGGGAUAGUCAGAAUAUGCCUCUACCUGGAGAGCCAGUGAAUAAAAAUGUAGAUAACUUUAAAAUUAAUUGUGACACAAUACCUUUAAGUGUAACAGAUAUACUUGGCUCACCAAUAUCUGAAUGGACUCUAAGGAAUAUGUACAAUGGAGGAUCGUUAUUUGGUCGAGGCUGUGAAGGUGCUGUGUUGUUAGCGGGAAAAAAUGUUGCAGAGCAGAAAAAAGCUUAUUUAUUCGGCUGCCAUUUAUGUCUAGCAUGGCAAGCUGCUAGUGAAAUUUCAAAAUUUUCCACUGAAAACCAAGAACCAUUUUCCUUAGUUAGUGCUCCUGUUUUAUUUGCAUUAAACGAAACCCCAGAACUAUAUGAGAAAUUAAAAAAUGUUAAAACCGUAACAAGUAUAGACUUUAAUGAUUUGAAAGCAAAUAUAUCAAAAACGAAUGCAAUUGAAAAAACUAAACGUCUUUACACUGAAAAUGCCGAUAAAGCAAAAAGCUAUAUUGAAAUGUUUGGUGAUAACGAGUCUGUGAACACUAUCAAGAGAUUAAUAAAUACAAUAUAAUAAAAAUUUUUUUGUAGAAAUGACAUUAAUUGUGUUAACAUAGAAAUUCGUUUAUGCAGAAAUUUAGAUAAAUACAGUAGAAAAAUUUAUAUCAAAUAGAUGUUUUGAAGGUCCAAUUUAUUCUUUUUUUAAAUAAAAGAGGCUAGGAAUAAAUACAAAGAAAAAAAAAGGUCUAAAGGUUUUUAACAUACUGCAUGUUAUAUAUAUAAAAAAAAAAUGUUACAUAAUUUUUUUAUCUGUGACACCACAAUGUGAACAUUUUUUAUACACAAUUCUAUGUAAUAAUGGUUAAUGUGGCUUGUUAUGUUCCGAUCUGUUAACAAGAUAAUCAAAUAUUAUAUCACAAUGAUACUAUGGCUGAAAAGUGAAAUUUUUGCACAAUUUUUGUGUAUAAUCUGUAUAAAUUACUUUACUAAGUAUCUUGGAAAAUAUUUUAUUAUUUUUUUAUAUUAGUGUAUGAUGUUUUAAGUGGCAGUUUGGGGAUAAACAAUUAAUUGUACGAAUUUUCUACAUUUUUGUAAUAGAUUUAGAUGUGAUAGUGAUUGUGCAUUUCUUGUAAUUUUCCCAAAGGUUUU